UACCGUUGGAUAUUGGAUCCUACAGAUCGCUAUGCAGUCUUGGCUCAUGUGGCAAUCAAGAAAUCUGAGACUGACUACAAUGUCAUCGUUGAAAUUUCAUGCACUCUAUCCCCUGAAGAGCUCCUGGCAGUAAGAAGGGCUUACCAACUUCGCUACAAGCACUCCUUGGAGGAAGACUUGGCUGCACAUACCACCGGUGAUAUCCGCAAGCUUCUGGUUGCUUUGGUGACUACUUAUCGGUAUGAUGGUGGUGAGAUCAAUGCGAAAGUGGCGAAAUCGGAAGCUGAUAUUCUUCAUGAUGCCAUCAAAGACAAGGCUUUCAAUCAUGAGGAAGUUAUUAGGAUCCUCAGCACAAGGAGCAAGACACAGCUCAUGGCAACCUUCAACCGCUACAGAGAUGACCAUGGCAUUUCCAUCAGCAAG